UUGGCCCCACCCUCCUCUUGGCUCAUUAUACUCCACUCGGCUCAACUAGAAAACAUACAAUGUGCUGUCAGAUGAGCGGAGCAGACACACACUAUUACCACAAACACAGCCACACAGGAGUGCAUGCGCAAAUUCGUCCUGCCGACAAAGAUAGUACAGGAAGGCAAGAGCUCCAGCAGAGGAAUCGUCACCACAAGUAGCGGUUGUGGUCCUUCACUGUUCACGUCUCACCUGGAUCACAGCUCAGAGAUGGGCUGCUCAUCCGGGCGUCUGCCUUGCCAGCCUCCAGCCAGUGUACAGCUGCCCACACUGGACCCCGACACAAACCUGCUACAGGAUGGAAGAGUACCCCCAACUACCCUUAAAACCCCAGAGAACCUCUCCACCCUGGAACGGCUGACGCAAGCUACAGGAGGCACAGAAAAGUCCUGGUACCGCUGUGUGUUUCCCUUCGGAGUCAUCUCCCUGGUCAUAGGCAUGGCAGGCACAGGUGUCACUUUUACCUUCAACACUCUGCUUCAAACUAAAGUGGUGUCCUUAGUGCUGCUGGUAGUUGGCUUUAUUAUGCUGCUGGUGGCAGCAGCCUGUUGGAGGGUCCAUAGGGCAAAAAGGAAGGAGAAGAAGGAUGGAGUUUUCUUCAGUGCUGAGCAAGGCACACUUUAAAACACUCUUAUGCCAACCUUGACUAACAGGAAACAUUUAGGUGUACAGAGGAAAGACAGUAUAUUUCAUUUUAUGAGACAUUCUUCAUCAACUGGCUAUGCUGGAGGCCCAUGGACCAUCAGGAACUAACUGCACUGUGUAUGAGCACAAAUGGUUUGGCUCAAAUAAAGUUUGAGAGAAGACCUUUGGCAAAAUCUGUAAUACUUCUCUUUGCACUGUAUCUCUGAGGAACAAUGCAGCAAGAAUGUAGUUAGCUCUAUGUCCACUUAUUACUGGACCUCAUUCUGAUACCAAGGUCCCUUACAGUGCUGCAAGUCUCAUUUAUACAUACUGUAGGCAAAAGUGUCAAGAAAGAAAGAUAGAGGCAAAAUUCACGAAGAAGAAGGAAAGUGUGUGGCAUGCUUUUCAAAAAGCAGAUCUUACAAAAAUAUUUAAGAGGAGAACUUUCUUAGAAACUGACAGAUGGCACCUGUAUGUGGAGGAACCAUGAGGAAGUCCGAGGUCAGUAGAUUCAGAUCUGAGAAAGAAAAAGGAAGCAAUUUCUUCAAUGAUUAUAAAAUCCUGGAAAGUUCUCUUGGAAGACAAGGAAUUAGAAACACACUGGUCCUUAAUACUUCAUAAUCUUCUCUUCAUGGCUCCCAAGAGGAAUGCUUUAUAUCUCUUGACAGUGAUGAAGGUAUAUGUUUAAUGUUAGAUACCUUUUGAAAAAGAUAUAUUUUUGGUGGUGUUGUUGAAAAGUAAAAAGUGUGUGUGCAUGAGUGUCCUCUCAUGUGCUUGCAUGUGUUUCUGCACAGUGUUUGUAAAAGCCCUCAGGUAUUUGAGCAGGUUCCUAGUUUGUGUAAGAUUAAUGGAAGAAAGUGCUUUAUCAUGACAGUCAUUAGCAGGUCUUUGACUCCUGAAGAAAUUAAAGACCUCUAGAGAACUGCCAAGAAUAGUCCUAAGAUUUGCAGUGUGUUGCUCUUGCAUCUGCGGUUCGUCAUGCUGUUGUGCUAUUAAAUACUGAACUAUUUAACUUUCUGUCAACAGAUGAAUGUAUAAUCAGCUUGAUAGAUUAUUAAACAAGUUGUGAUAAAUGGUCAGUACAAUAUAAAAGAGAAUGAACUAAGGGAGAAUGAACACAAGUGUCAUAGUUCUUUAAGCACUGUAAUCUAGCUUUGAUUUAUAUUUUAAAAAAUUCUCUUUUUGUAUCUCUGUGAACAGAAUAGCAGACUGUUUUGUAUUUUGUGUCUAUUUUUUCAGUGCCUGUCUAUUUACAAUUAGUAUUUUCUUAUCAGUUUUUCUGAUCCAGAGUUGCUACAGUAGCAAAAGGAUUAUUCAGUGCUCUUUUAUAACAGCUCAUCGAUCCCAUAUCUAUUAAUAGCAUUACCCCUAAAAAUGACGAGAGUAGUGAUAGGGACACCUGAGCUUCACAGAAAUUGCCUGGGUUUGACAUAGGAGAGAAGGAAGACAAACAACAUUUCUACCAUGUGCCCUAAGCUGUGAAUUGACAUCGUAGUGCCUGUCUACAUCUGCAGAUAUUGAGAUAUACUGAGAGAAAAAUGGAGGGGAAUAGGAAGCGAGAAUGGGAGAAGGAGGGAGGGGGAGCUUCUAUGAGAGUUCAUUGAUAAAAAAGCAGCCGGAAAUGGUCCAGCGUGCUUGGAAUAUAAAUCAGCAAAAAGCUAAGCACCGGUCUUGCUCUAUGUGACAUUAUGACUUACAUACCUAUCCAUGUCCCUACAUUCCAUAACAUGAAAUCUGUAUUAAUGAGCUUAUAAUAAGCCUACAUGACUAAAAUGUCUUACUCAUUUAAACCUUAAAUAUAAAAAAAAAUCUAAAUGCAGUUUAACUCAACAAGUGUCAUUCAAGCUAGAAAUUCCACACAUUUCCACAUACCACAUGCAACAUCCUUUUUAUUUGAAAAAAAAAAAAAAUCAGAUUGCUGUGGUUCUGGUGACUUUGAAAGGUGCCAGUUGCAGAGGGAUUAUUAUAGUGUAUGUAGCUUUUUGGACAAAACUAUCAAAUAGAGGCUUCCUGUCUCCAACAGUAUAUUGUGUAUGUGUGUGAGUGUGUGUGUUAAUUUUUAGAAUGUUGUAUGUGAAUAGAUACAUUUUUAGCCUUUGGUCUAUUUAAAAAUGUAUUAAAUACUAACAUGCAACAUGCAUGA